AUGGUGAAAGGUGCUUUGAUAGGUGGCUCUACAAGUUUAAUACUGAUGCUUAUAAGUCCAACAUUUAGACAUGUUAGAAUACCAGUUAAGGUCUUCUAUAAUGCUGCUUGGAUAAGUUGUGGUGCAGUUUGGUGUGCUGAAAAGCAAGUUCUUUCAUUUGAAGCUAGAGUUGCACAUGAAGAAAGUAUAAGAAGAGCUAGAAUAUUAGAUGAAGCUGCUGAUAGAGGGAUCUAUUUGGAAGAUGAUAAAAGAAGUCUAGAUGAUGGUCUUUAUAGAUGA